AUGCUCCAUCAACCGCCAAGUCCGCCUCCUGCUACAUCGGAGAAAACCAGCAAACGGACUGGGCCGGAACUCAAUGCGCGUCUCUCGAAGACGCGACUGUGUCGCUUUGUAACAUCUGGGCGCAUCUGUCCAUUUGGGCCUUCGUGCACAUACGCGCAUUCGGAUGCCGAACUUGUGCCGUCGCCGAACCUAACGAAAACGAAAGUCUGCUGGAGCAAUAUGUACGGCAGAUGUGCGAGGGGCUCGCAGUGUCCAUAUGCACAUAACGAAGAGGAACUACGCAGGCUCCCUCGAUUAGCUAUUCCACUUAAGUCUGGCGCUCCCUUUCCGCCUAGCUCGCCGUACGUGGUAUACUACGCUGCGGAUGACCCCAGAGGCCAUCCAACGGUGUUACAAGAAACCAAAGCCGUGCCGUUAUCCGGCAACGCCUCUAACGCUCUUGAGUGUCCUUCGCGAAGGGAAGUUAUGGGGGGAACCGUAGGGGAGUACAUCGCUUGGUCGUCUGACGAUGACACGGUCAGCAACGCGACAUCGAGGCAGUCUUCUCUUCUGCGACAGUCCUCGACAGAAAGCCGGCCAGAGACUGUAGAUACGAACUCUGCAGUUCAGGUGCCUGGCAGUCGCUCCGGGAGGACGGCUUGCGGAGGGGCACCUUACACCCCUAAAGACUACCACGUGGAAGAAAACUCUAUCAUUUCGGGAGAAGAGCGAGUCCAGAUAGGUACCUCCUACCAGCAAACUCUGCCCGACUCGCUCCCCUCCUGGAGUGAACAAAUCCUCAAUUGCUCCGAACAGACUCAAACUGCUUUGGAACCGUCGCAGCGAAGGGGAUGUAUCAGCGGCGACGCUUGCUUUUUGCCGCCACAGACUUCCCUCUCUGACUUACUGUUAGAUAGUCAAUCACCAAUUAAGCACUCUGAUAUAGAAUGGCUUCUGGAGGAAGACAGAGCUUGUCUUGAAAGGGUUGGAUGUUCGCUAUCUGGUCCUGCGGUCCACAACCUCUCUGGCAUGCAGUGGGAGCCGUCCUGUGCCUACAAUCCCUCAUUUUUGCCAAAGCGCGAUUGUGAAACAAACUCAAGUGCGCUGGAACGGCCAGCAUAUUCACUGGACGACGGACGCGCAAGAGAAAAGAAGGGACAAAACACAGUGGGGAUCGUAGAUUUCCAGGCAACGAGAAAUGCACACAAUCCAGUUGUUCGUUGGGACGGCCCUCUUCCUGACUUGCGAGGCGACUGGCUAGACCGCAUCAAACUCCGAGACUGUGUAUCGAUCAGCUAG